UUGUUUACUUCCGGGUUUAUUGAUUACAGCGGGUAGAGCGUGAAGAGGUUAGCGUUUGGCUUGGAGGGUUCGGGGAUCUCUUCUUUCGCUCUCCUUUGCCUAGGGAGUGGCUAUUCUGGACGAAAAGAGGCUGCGGCGCCUCGGAGAGUUGCGGGUAGAAAGUGCUGUCCUUCUGCAGGGUCAGGGAGGGGGGAUUCAGGUGCCUCCCAGAGCUUGAGACCCAGCGACCCCCGCCCAGGAGGCUUUCUCCUUCACCAUGGCUGAACUGAUCCAAAAGAAGCUGCAGGGAGAGGUAGAGAAAUAUCAACAGCUGCAGAAGGACUUGAGUAAAUCUAUGUCAGGGAGGCAGAAGCUCGAAGCACAGCUAACGGAAAACAAUAUCGUGAAGGAGGAGCUGGCCCUGCUGGAUGGAUCCAACGUGGUCUUUAAGCUUCUGGGACCCGUGCUUGUCAAACAGGAGCUGGGGGAGGCUCGGGCCACAGUAGGGAAGAGGCUAGACUACAUCACAGCAGAAAUCAAGCGCUACGAAUCACAGCUUCGGGACCUCGAGCGGCAGUCAGAGCAACAGAGGGAAACCCUUGCUCAACUGCAGCAGGAGUUUCAGCGGGCCCAAGCUGCAAAGGCUCCUGGGAAAGCCUGACCCCGUGGGAGGGGGUCAGGAGGGAGGGAUGAGGCUAACCCUGAGCCAAUAAAAUGUAAACAGAACCAAGCCUACUUUA